AUGACUAUUCAACAUAACCUCCCUAUCGAUGAUGCAGCUAACAGCAACCCAAACAAUGUAGCUAAUCCUUCCAAUGAACCACACACAGAGCAGCAGCAACAGCCACUCCCACCAAUCAUAUACCCCAAACGCAAACGUAAACGUCAACUAUUCACCAAAGACGUAGAAAAUCUACUAUACGCCAUGGGAGAUAGGCCAUACUCACUAGACCCUACUGUCUCUGCAUUAGAGGAUAUCUUGGUUGAUUUUAUAUCACGACUUUCCCACACAAUGGUCCAUUAUGCCGCAUCGCAAGGUCGCAAUCGAAUCAAGUUGAAUGACUUGGCAUUUGCGUUGCGUAAUGAUCCAUUGAAGUUGGGCCGAAUGUUGUACAUAUUGGAACAGAGUCAGAAGAUAGAGAAGGCUAAGAAGUUGUUUGAUGAAGAACAAGGCGGUAGUCUGGAUAAAAAGGGUGGUGCGUUUGGCAAAAUUGGCGAUGAUGACGAUGAAGAUGAUGACGGUGAUGGCGACGGUGAGGAUGAUGGUGACGGUGACGGUGAAGGUGAAGGUGAGGGAAGAGAUGGUGAAGGUGAAGGAGGAGGUGGAACUGAUGGAUCGGGAAAAAAGAAGAAGAAAGUUGUUGAAUUGGAUGAGAAUGGGAAGCCGAAGAAGAGAAAAUAUAAAAAGAGAAAAGUCGACGAUGGGUCGUCAUCAAAGGGUACGACUGGAUAA